UACAUGGCGGCGCCUGGUGCUGCUCUGGCAUUCGCCGCUGAUGGCAAGUCAGAAAUGACCAGGAGCGACGAAGCCUGACGUCAGUGCCAUCCCACGCAUCUUUCUCUUCGUUUGUCCCCUUGAGAACUGACUUUGAAAGACCUCCUUCCGUCCAUGCGUCAUUAGGCCAAAGCAGCUUUAGAAAGCCAAAUCACUAGUCGCUCCGAGUUCGUCUUUCGGAAUGGCAGUUUAGACUUGUGCCGCAGAUCUCCAUGAUAGUGGAUUUCAACUCACCAAUACGUUCUAAGUUUCGCAGGCCUGUGGCUUGGCUAGGCGCGAAUGUCUGUGCCAAAGGGAAAAACCCACAAGGGAAACCGAAGGCCUAUCCAUUCCUUCCUCUUCACCAUCGUCAGGCAUGGGGUCACAGACGCUAACCUGAGAGACAUCAUCCAAGGUCACAAAGACGUGCCUCUGAACUCCGAAGGCUUCGGCCAGGCCGUACGCCUGGGGAAGUGCCUGGCGGGUGUCCACUUCACCCAUUGGUAUUCCAGUGAUCUCCAAAGAGCAUUUCAGACUUGCACAGCAGUUCUCAAGGAAAAUAAACAUCGAGUUCUACUCAGCAGCGUCAUGAAGGAUGACAUUCUUCGAGAAAGGAACUUUGGGGAAUUAGAGGGAAAGACAUGGGAGGAAGUGAAGAACUUGGCUGCUGCCAGAAAGGAGGACAUCACCAAGUUCACUCGGGAGCGUAUCGAAAGUGUGCCCGCCAUGAAGCAGAGAGCCAGUACUUUCAUCAAUGGAGUACUGCAGAUGAUGAACAAGCACCUGAACCAGAUGCACGGUUCUCACAAGCCGAGUCGAGACGGUCCUCUGCCUCCCGAACUGCAUGUGAUAGUCUUCUCCCAUGGAGGGAUGAUCCGAGAAAUGGUUUCCCAUAUUCAGGAUGAUCUUCAUUGCACCAACAUCCCCCACAUCGGGAAGAUGGGACGAGGCAGCUGCCCCAACACGGGCGUGACACAGUUCCGAUUCGAUCUGGUUGCCAACGUGCCUGCUCCCACCAUUGAUGGCAUCAACUGCAUUCUCUUCUUUGACAUCUCACAUCUAAAGGAACCAGAGCUGAGACCAGGGACAAAACGGGGGAGUCGAGACGGUCGCGAGACGACGCCAGAAUCUUCUGCCCAUCCCCUGGUACGGCACAUCGCAUCCGGUGGGAGCCCUCGUUCGAGUCAGGAAAGGGAGAGCGCUCGUCCUAAUCCCAUCGAAGAGACCAUCGAGGCCAUUCGGUGAUGCAGUCAUUCAUUCAUUCUGUGUCUUUCAUGCUUACCCUUCACCCUAGUCUGUGUUCACAGAGGCAGUCCCAUUUUCAAUUAAACAUUAUGUCUUGGGAUUGUUUUGAAAAAUUCUUAAUGGUGCUUCAUUCUGAAGUCUAAGAUCAUUCACAUUUGCACAUUUCUCUCAUUUUAGUGCACUCCAGUGUAAACAAUGGAGCAACCAUGCCUUGGCCCCACUUUGUCCCAUUUAUUUUGUGGCAAUUGGGAAUAGGAACAUAGUACUGUGCACUCUGAAGUUGAGGCUUGCACUUACUUCACUAUACGAGAUUUAGAGCCUAAAAUUCAGGGUACCAUUUUGCUUAAACCCUGUGAAGUGCUAACACCUCCAUUGUGCCAGGUUAAAUCCUCCUUGCCUGCAAGCGUGAAAUACCAGUUGCACUUGAAUGUCAAGUUCCUUGAACUAUAAGAGGGCAUGUGAAUGGCAUUUUUGCCUUGGUGGUUUCAUUUCUGUGAAUUUAUGGGCUCUGUGAUAGACUGACAGGCCUCAUAGCCUUGUUUUAGUCAAUUUCCUUGAGGAAAGAAUGCAUUACAACUCACAAGAACACUUUUUUUUUCUCAGUUAUUUCCAAUGCAGGUCUAGCCUGAGCUGGGCAAUCCCUAUUGGAUCUGUUUUUUCUUCCACUUGAAGUUCUCAGUAUUUAUUAUGGGUAUCAAUAGUCUGCUCCAAUGGAAACAUUUUCAAGGACACAACCAUUGGUAGACCUGCCAAAUUCCAAAAAUGAAUGACCUAACCUAAUGCUGUGAAGUUUAACUUCUAAAGAAAAAAUGUCUGUCUCAGAAGUCUAUUCCGUGAAAUUUCUUUGUGGAACCAUUUACGUUAGAUGUCACGGUGAAAUACCCAAAAAUUUAACAACCUCCUAUAUCCCCAUCUUGAAGAACUCCAAGUCAUUGAUGACAGAAUUAGAAUACCAAAGAUUGCAUUCCUACUCUUUUGCCAGUAACUAUUUGUUAGUGCCCUUCUGUCCUUCCAUUAUUUUCUCAAAAAAUAUAGGCCAGCAAGAAGUGGGAAAAAUCUUUAAGGGUUUUCACUUUGAGACUUUGGAUAAAGUGACUGAGGAGGGGGGGAAUGCCUGUGUAAGGCAGGUGCCUUGCCAAAUGAUGUUUAGUUUUCAAAUCCCAAUGCCCUGUCAGAGCAAAUUUUGGCCAAAGAAUGCACACUCACCAUGUAACUUGUAUGUCCACCCAUCCACUAUACCUCUCUACCAUUAGGGUAAAUCAUGGAUACAAGGGAUUGAAGCAUAUAUGAACUUCAUCACCUCGUCUGGUAAUUAUAGGAGAUGCUAAGAUCUCAUAACUUCAUGUCAUCUCACCUUUUAGGUCUAGAAAGUUCUUCACAAAAUGGAAAAGGGCACAAGGAAGAAAUUUGCUGAAGGCAGCAUUUCUUGAUAUGCAAAUGCAGGGUCCAUUCAUUUUUUGCUUUUAUGGAAUGUGAAAGUCCUUAAGAGUCAUGAGUGGGUGUCCCUCUCUUGAUAACCACACAGCUUAUUUUGUGGCUGCCAGAAAAAAAGUGAAAGCCAAAUGCUGGUAACUUGAUCAGAGUGCUGACCAAACCGCUCAUCAUGCCAUUGUGUCAAAAUUUGGAUCCUUCAUUAGUAGUGUUGUAUUUUCAUGCUCCUUUCCCAUAAUUGCAUUUUCAGAUUCAUAUGCAGGUAUCCCAUUGGCAACAGUUUUGGCUCUUUCUAUGGAUUAUUGUGGAUUGUUCUUGCUUGCUCAUUUUCAUGGUUUUAUGCAUUCACCCUUGAGGCUUUUCCUCUUUCUUUGGUUUGUUAUUUUGCUAGUAUUAGUGAAAUUGAACUGCAGUGUUUCUUAGCUGUAUACUGCCUAGUAGGUGGAAUCUUGACUUUUUACCAGUCCAUUAUGAGAACAUUGCUUGGCAUAUAACAAAAGCAGAUAACUCCACCUACAAUUCACUAUACAGGAAAAACAAAACUGCAGCUAAAGGCAUGUAUUUAUAGUGGCCAAAUGUGAGGUCUUCCUCAAAAUGGAGAAUGUCUUGCAUUUGCCCAAUUCUGUGAUGUUCAGAGCAGAGGUUAUUUGCUUAUUAGUAGUAUUAUGAAGUUUGGAUGGAAAGUGGUUACUGAGCCUGUGAUCUUCAUGAGUCUCAGCUUGGAUGAAAAUGCAUAUCGAACCUGC